GUUUACAGAGAGAGUUUUUAGUGUCAAAGGUUGUCCUCGGAGCGCUGUUCUUUUCCGAGUUCACUCAUUUCACAGAAGAGAUGGCUUCUCUACAUCGACAUAUUCCGUAUACUCCAAAAGCCCCGAUACGACAGGGAGUCUACAGCCAGGCAGUAGUGGUGGAUAGGACCAUGUACAUCUCUGGACAGCUGGGAUUGGACACUGCCUCUGGUCAGCUGGUGGAGGGAGGUGUGCAGGCCCAAGCCAAACAGGCACUCGUCAACAUGGGAGAGAUCCUCAAAACUGCAGGGUGUACCUAUGACAAUGUGGUCAAGACAACUGUGUUGUUGGCAGACAUGAAUGACUUCAACAAUGUCAAUGAAACGUACAAGCAGUUUUUCAGCAAAGAUUUCCCGGCGCGAGCAGCCUAUCAGGUUGCUGCUCUUCCCAGAGGGGGUCUGGUGGAGAUAGAAGCUGUCGCUGUAUUGGGACCCCUCUCAGACUCCGGACUAGCUGGUCAGGGGACACAUAAAUUGUAAACAAAUAGGCCUUAUUCAUGGAAAAGUUAGAUUAGUGAAAGUCUCAGUUUACAUAUGAAGGAAACCGCUAGGGUCUUUUGAGAAGCAGACAUUCAAUGACCAUGCACAUCUCUUCCUGCAUCAAAUACAUUUGGGUAAAAUUACCCUCUUUACAUGGAAACAGUCGAACCAAUGAACCUAUUUGAAUAUUAAGGUUUAUAGGAUUGAUAUUUAUUAGUUAAUGUGGCAAUGUAAUGUUUGCAAGAUAAUAACAUAAAGAUUUGCUAUUUC